GUUACGAUAAAUUCAAACAGAUGUCAUAUGGCGGAAACGUUUGAAAAUGAUUUCUGUUAACUUUAUGAAAUACAAUUUUUAUCCAAGUGAUAGGAAUUUACAAGGCAAGAAGUGUUAAUCUGUGUAACGGCAGAAGAUGUAGAGUAGAUAAUUAUGACUGUCAUUGCUUAUAUCCAUAAAAAUACUUCAUUGACAUUUUUUAGGCGUUGUGAUACCAGAAUUUGUUCAGUGACCUGACGUCGGAUUCAUGAUGUAUAGUGCCACCCCACUUCCGAAUGAAGCCUGAAAAGCAGUGUCAUUUACUUAUUAACUUCUGCUGCAGACAGCCCAUUGAAUGCUUGUACCCAGUUUGUUGGAUUAAUAUUUGAAGAAGAAGUAUCGCACAUUAAAAAACUUGAUGAGCGAUAUGAACAAACUAACCGAUGAAAAACAUUUUAAGAAAAGUUAUGGCAUGACUGGGCGUGGCACGACAGGAAAACUUAAAGAGGAAGGUAAUGGCCAGGAUUCUGGCAUUAAACAGAGAACAACGUUUCGGUCCCGCCCUCAGACACCCAAUCACGCUCUACAGAAACAAAUUCAACCACAAGGAAAACAGAAAUUAUCUCAUGAGGAAACUGACAGUAAAAUGAUGUCUGGUCACCUAAAACAAACUCCUGGGAUAGAAAAACCACAGAGAAGCAAUAGAUGUGAUUCACUGGGUAACACCCCUGUUUCACACUCAUAUCCUUUACCCUGCAAGAGAAUUCUGAGAUUAUCAUGUGAGACGCCACCAAGCACAAGAAAUGUGAAGAAUGUAGAGUAUUCUGGAGCAACUCCAAUCAAUAUAUUGAACAGGGAUGAAAUUCCGCAGUCCUGCACAGACACACCCGAGUGCUACAGCAAUGUGAAUCUGGGUACACCUAGCCAGAGGUUUCAUUGUGGAGACUUUCAGGACCUGCUAGGUGAAGAAACUAGCAAUCUUACUGUAGGUAUCAGAGUGAGGCCAUUGAGUUACAGAGAAAAAAGUGUCCCAUCUGUAACUAGUGUUGUAAAUGUUGUUGGUAACGAAGUGAAAGUAACGUGUGAUACUGGAAUUCUACACAGAUUUUUUUAUGAUCACUGUUUCUGGUCAAGUGACUCUUCACAUCCAGAAUAUGCAGAUCAAGAAACUGUGUUCAGCAUUAUGGCUCAACCACUAUUAGAUAAGGUGCUGAAUGGAUAUAAUGCAUGUUUAUUUGCCUAUGGUCAAACAGGAUCUGGCAAGAGCUAUAGCAUGAUGGGCCUUGAAACAGAUGGGGAAAAGGAGUUUGGAAAAGAAGCUGGCAUUAUACCCAGGUUCUGUCAUGCGUUAUUCAAACUCAUUGAGUCUGGGGAUGACGAUGGAAAGAAAGCUUCCUCAUCAGGAAAUGUAGCAGUUGAAAUAAGUUACUUUGAAAUAUAUAAUGAAAAAAUUCAUGAUCUCCUAGGAAGCUCAUCAGACAGAGAAAGGAGAACACCACUGAAAGUUCGUGAACAUCCUGUUCUUGGACCAUAUGUUGUGGAUUUAUCAGAGCAUGUAGUUGUAUCUUAUGAAGAUCUCAAGGGCUGGCUGAUGGUGGGUAAUAGUCAAAAAGCAACAGCAUCUACAGUGAUGAAUGAAAAGAGUUCACGAUCCCAUUCAAUCUUCUGCAUUACACUUACUCAACGACAGAAAGAUGUUCUUAAUGGAGAAAUUUAUGAACAUAGUCGCAGAAGUAAAAUAAAUCUAGUAGACUUAGCAGGCAGUGAACGUGUUUCACAAACCUGUGCAACUGGCGAGAGAUUGCGGGAAGGUGUAAGCAUCAACAGGUCCUUGCUAACUUUGGGUAAGGUGAUAGCGUCGCUUGCUGAAAAUACAAGCAACAAAAAAAGACACUUCAUCCCCUAUCGAGAGUCAAUUCUCACUUGGCUGCUUAAGGAAAGUCUUGGAGGAAAUUCACGCACAGCAAUGUUGGCUACUAUCAGCCCUGCCAGUGUUCAUGCGGAAGAAACAUUGGCAACAUUGCGUUACGCUUGCCAGGCAAGAACCAUCGUCAACAGAGUUCGUAUCAAUGAGGAGCCAAGAGAUCGUGUCAUCAGGCACCUUCGUGAGGAGGUUGAGCGGCUGCGUACCUCAAGAGGAGAUUGCGAACAUCAGAGGCAUAUGAGUAUGCCUCUUUCUCCACUAGAUGAUAAACGAUGUCUUGAAGAUGACACAUGUGAAAUCAGUCAGAAGGAAGAAUUGAAGAAGUUGAAAGAACAACUACUUCUGAGCAAGGAGGAAUUUGCUGAAACCCAAAGGCGUUGGUCUGAGAGGUUGGAGCAAGCAGAAAGUAUCAAGAAAGUCGAACUAACUUACUUACGACGUUGUGGAAUAGCAUUAAAGCUUGAUAUAGAAAAACAGGCAUGUCUCAUCAAUCUAACACCAGAUCCAGUCCUUUCCGGCACACUUAUUUAUCUUAUUCCUCCUGGCCGUGUUAAUAUUGGACGUGAAGAUCAAAUUAAUUCCAACACUGAUAUUGCCUUAAGUGGACCUCUUAUUAAGGACAGCCACUGUACAAUUGAAAACAAGGGAGAAGGAUUGACACUGAUACCAGGAAAUGGACCCUGUUUCAUCAAUGGUGUAGAAGUAACUGAAGAGCAUUCCCUACAUCAUGGUGAUCGGCUUGUCAUUGGAGGGAACCAUUACUUCAGAGUGAAUAAUCCAGAUGACCCAGAUGCUUCAGAAAAAGGUGGUGAACCUGCUGACUACUGUUUUGCACAUGAAGAAAUCAGAACUGUCCAGGAGAACAGGCUGAAAACUGAGUUAGAAGAAGCUAAAAAGAGAGCCCUUAUUCAGCUGGAGGAAGCUGAAAAGAAACUGAGUUCACAACGUAGCACAUAUGAAAUGCAGAUACAAGAACUAGGCAAGAGCUUGCAGGAGCAUAUUGAAGCCUUAGCUGAAGUUCAGAAAGAAAAAGACAAUUUAUCAAUUAAAAACUGUGUGCUGGAAGAAAAGGCAAAGAGUGUAGAAAGAAAUAUUACUAAUCAUAGCAUUCUGGACUGUUCAGUGGAUAUUCCAGUUACGCCAUAUAGAAGCAAUUUGGUAGAGGAGGUGAUGAAAGUAUUAAAUGAAUCAACUGAUGAUCCAGAAUUCUUGAUGCCAACUGAUUCUUUCAGUUUGCACGAUAUAAAAAAUUCAUGUGCCUUGAAGCUGAAGAACGUUGUAAGGAAACUGGAAUAAACUUCGAAUUUUAUCACCAACACAUUGUUAAGGAUCACAGAUUAAUGCCAGUCAUAAAAGUAUAUGAUACUGAAUGUGAUGUAGUUGCAGUCUGGGAACCUGACUUUUUUUCUGAUUGGUUGCAUCAGCUGAGAGUCCACGAACCGGGUGAAAACAUAGCCCUAUUAAAGAGAGGCAAUGGAUCAUGGGAAAAAAGUGAUGAAUUUCCUCCAGAGGAUCAAUCAUCCCAUCUACUAUCUCUAAGCAUGAGUGAAAUAAAACGGCAGUUGGAUGAUACCCUUACAGGAACUGACAGUAAUGAUUCUGCUUCUACUCUAUUUAAUCAGACCUCACUGAGCAUCAAUAACACACUCUUGGAAGAAUCAGAAGCUGGCAGCAGUAAUUAUGACGACUUUGAAGAUGUAAGCAACAAUUUGCAACAGAUUGAUCAAGCUGUAUCCAAUUUAAAACAGCUGUUUAGAGAUACAGUAAACAAAGAUGUUGAAGAAAAUGUUAAUCUCUUGAGUAACACUGUGGCAAAGCUGAAAUCACUUCUGAUGAUUAGUGAUGGUGAAACUUUCUGGCAGGAUUCUUCCAUGUCAAAUACUGUGAUAAAGGUUGAAAAUCAGUUAGAGAAAAUAGAUACAUCAAUAAGUCCUUCAGAGACAUGGAGAACAGAAAGGAAAUAUGAUAGGCAUCACCAUGUAAGAGUAAAAAAGUCGGUAAGAUUCAUCUUUACGGACAGCCAACAGCAAAUAGAAGAUAGCUGAUAAAUUCCUGGCCUGUAUUGUUAACUGAAAAUUUGCACAUAUCAGAUAACUGUCAUGCUUGUAGUUUUAACUGUCAGGAGGACUGUACAGCAUUGAAAGUGAUAAAGUUAAAACAGUCGUAACUUAUUUUUCUUAACUCAACUGCAGAGUGUUAUUUUUGUGUGCAUAUCUUCUGGUAGAUCUGGGACAGAUUUUCCCCAUCAGUGACUUUGUAUAAAAUGUACAAAUAAAAAUAUUCUUUUAAUUA